CACCGCAGACAGAUACAGUCCCGUCCUCGCCCUGCUGCUCGCCUCUCCGGUGGUGAUAGCUGCUACUGCUGCUGCUGCUGCUGAUCGUUGUUAAACCAGUUACUGCUCGGCAGUCAUCCUGACCUCCCAUCCCACUCAUCCCGCAUCACCGCAAGCAAGCCACACCGGAUAAAUAAGAGAGAGAGAGAGCACCUCCGAAGACGAGCAACAAGAGUUGCGAUUUGCCUCGACCUGGCCGAUGAGUGCCCCUCGGCCGUCGACUAUACGCUGACACUGUUCUGUGCGUCCUUACUUGCUAUUUUCCUGCGUCUCAUGGACCGUUAAACGUGUGCUGCUGUGGAUUUCUCUCCUCCUACGGCUCGUUUUGUUGCUUGCUUUGAGAUACAGGAGAAGAACCCCAGAAAAAAAAAAAGAGAGAAAGACGAGAAAAAAAGGAAACGAAGAGAAAAAGGGGCAAGAGAUGGAAGAGAGCAACCAGGUGCGCGAAGGCGUCAAGAUGCAGGGCGUCGACGGUGUUGCAGAUACGCCGUCAUAUUCUGCCUCCUCUGCCUCCAUGACCACCGCCUCUGCCUCAGCAUCAACAACCUCGACAUCUGCACCCGGUGCUGCCGCUCCUAUCACGGCGGCUCCUGUGGAGGGCCGCCCUCGACUGCCAGUCAUGCCGGCUACGACGGCCUCGAUUCGCACCACUUCCGGCAUGAUGACUCCCUCAUCCACGCCGCUGGGCCAUGUCAACGCUGCCCGCCGCCCUGGUCCCCUGCCGGCCCGCGGAAGCCAGUCCAGCGGCCUGUCCCAGGAUAUACAGGAGAAAAUGAAAGCCUUCUCCCUCUCUCGCCAGGGAGCGCCCGGCAAUGGGAGCAACGGGAACGAGAGACUGCCCGGCAUCCCUAUCGCUGCCCCUCAGGCUACCAGCCCCUGGUCCCCCCCGUCUGUUCAGGGAGGUGCCGCAGCUGCUCCCAUGGGACGCACUCCUACUCCCAAAAUGGGUGGAGGAGGUCUUGCUGCUAAGAGAGGCAUGGCCGGUGGUAUGAAAUUGUCAAAUGUUACUGGACAGCCCCCUGGCGCGGCUCCAGGUAUACCAAACGCCAGCUCUGGUGCCAACGGGAGUCCAGCCAAUCUGCCAAAGGCUAGCGGCACCCCGCAGUCCUCGAAUACCCCCGUCUCAGCUUUUAGCAAGUACUCGGAGCUCAUUGAUACAAAGGCCGGCACAAUAAAUUUCAAGAACAAGGCCAUUAUCCACGGUGGAGGCAUUGAUUUCUCCUCCGGCCAGAGCUUCAGUAUUUCCCUGGAUGAUGUUGAGUCUCUCAACGAGCUAGGGAAAGGGAACUACGGUACCGUCUACAGAGUACGACACUGUCGGCCAAAGAUACGACGGCCUGGUCUCGGCUUGAAGGGGAGCAUGGCAGUAGGCAAUCUGCCAGACAGCAAUACCAACAACAAUGGCCAGAACAACAAUGAUUCGAACUCCCUCGAUACAACUUCAAAUACGAUAAAGAGCAAGGGCGACCUUACAAACGUCAUCAUGGCCAUGAAGGAGAUCCGUCUCGAGCUCGAUGAGGCCAAAUUCACCGCUAUCAUCAUGGAACUGGACAUCCUACAUCGCUGUAUCUCACCCUUCAUCAUCGAUUUCUACGGCGCUUUCUUUCAGGAGGGAGCUGUCUACAUCUGUGUUGAGUUCAUGGAUGGUGGAUCUAUGGAAAAAGUCUACGCAGGGGGUGUACCUGAAAACAUCUUGCGCAAAAUCACUCUCUCGACUGUCAUGGGCCUCAAGUGUCUCAAGGACGAACAUAACAUCAUCCAUCGAGACGUGAAACCGACGAACAUCCUUGUCAACACGCGUGGACAGAUCAAGAUCUGCGAUUUCGGAGUGAGCGGUAACCUUGUUGCUAGCAUUGCGAAGACAAACAUUGGCUGUCAGAGUUACAUGGCCCCCGAGCGUAUUGCAGGUGGUGGGCAUCCCGGUAGCUCCGGUGGAGGCACGUACAGCGUUCAAUCCGACAUCUGGAGUCUUGGCUUGACCAUCGUCGAAUGUGCGAUGGGCAGGUACCCCUACCCCCCUGAGACAUACAACAAUAUCUUCAGCCAACUCAAUGCCAUCGUGCAAGGGGACCCGCCAACUCUACCCGAUCCAGGCUUCUCCCCCGAGGCAAAAGACUUCGUCGCAAGCUGUCUGCAGAAAAAUCCCGCUGCCAGACCAACAUAUGCCAAUCUUAUUCGACAUGCCUGGGUAGAAAAGCUCAUGCAACCACCUACUGCUACACCAGAAGCGUCGGAAGCAGCAGAAACUGCAGGAUCAGAAGAGCCAACCGAUACCAGAAGCCCAGACGUGCCCGACCAUAACACCGACACCUACGAUAAGGAGGUCGCCGCGUGGGUUAUAGAAGCUCUUAAACGACGGGCAGGUGAAGCUAAUGGCAGGGAACGGCCUGCUUUACACGCCGUGGCACUGGACGCCGUGCCUAAAAGCCCUUUACUCGAAGGCCAGAGCUAAUCGGCUUUUCUCUGGCCUUUCCCAAGCUUGGAACCGCACGUUUAUCGAAUAUCGCACAACACAUAACAACCAUCUCUCCCUGCUCCAUAUUCUAUGCUCAUUGACGCAUUAGUACCCUUAUGUCGGCGUUGCAUAAGAUAGGAUACGGGUGCUGGCCACCGUGUAUCAAAAGCUACAUCGAAAGAGGCCAGCAACUACAAAGCAUGACUAACAAUAAAAAAAAGAGAGAGAGAGAGACAAAAAAAGAGAGAAACUCACUCGAUAUAUUCCUAUCUACUAGUAUAUGAAUGCAAUAUCCCAACCCGAAGAACUAAGUACUUCCCUUCCCCUCACCACCCAUCUCUCGCGACAGAUUAACAAUUAAACAAUUUAUCCAACACUACAGUUCCUCCUCUUCCCUCGCUCUUCCCGCUAAGUUUUCAAUGUUUUCCCUCACUAUCUUUCUCAAGGGGAGCGCUGACUUACAUGGUACUACGGGAUGGGUUUAUUCAUGGGAAUCUCUAUCAAUAGUUCACAUGCUUGGAGAGAAAUAUUAAUUUAUUCUUACUUAUUGAGCUUGCGUAAUUACUCUACUUUCGUAGUCGCUGGUUCGUGGAAUUUUUAAUAGUAGC